AUGCCCCCGUUGAGACCGCAUCGGAAAUCUCGGAAUGGGUGUGACCGAUGCCGCGAAAGGCGGGUCAAAUGUGACGAAAAGGGCCCACCCUGCUCCAAUUGCACCAACCGCCAGCUAAACUGCACAUACCUGAAAGUUGAAGCAGCGCGAUGCCGGACGGCCACCAAUGCGCGACCAGCAAAAUAUCAAGCUGCUCCACUCAGCGAGAGUCCCGACGCGCGAUUCACGCGAUCGCGCAACGGCGUCGGAUCGCCCGUGUCGGAUCUAUCCACUCCACAUGAAAUCGACAACUUAGAAUUAAUGCAUAAAUUCUCUACUGAUACGUACAAAAGUCUAUGUGUGAGCGACUCUGAGAAUUCCACCUGGCAAAUCACCAUCCCUCGCUUGGCGCUCAAACAUCACUACUUGCUGGAUGGCAUUAUGGCCUUGGCUUCCAUGCAUCUAGCUACAACUGCCGAGCCUGCUGAGGCUCUCAUUUACCAGGAUAGAGGCCUUCAAUAUUAUAACCGCAGUCUCAGUCCAUUUCGACACGCAAUUGACAACAUCACACCACAGAAUUGCGAUGCCGUGUUUGCGCAUUCCAUCGUUAUGAUCGCGAUAAGCAUCGCCUCGCCCCGUCUCACUGCCACAAAAGACGAAAGCUCAAGCAUCACAGAGAAUAUCGUUGUUUUGUUCGAGUUGUUACAGGGCGUUAAGAAAAUCCUCCAAGCUAGCAAGCCAUGGGUUAAGCUGGAGCUGUUUACCCAAGGUGAAUUCUGGAAAAAGACUACUACUGAGCUCAACGCCGACGAAGAUGCCGCCCUUGCACAUGUUGCUUCAUUGAAUGAUCUUGUUAUGACGGGAGUAUAUGCAAAACAGCAUGAUAUUUGCAAGGAUGUGUUAGCUCACCUACGCCACUGUUUCGCAAAAUUUGCCCUUUCGCCAGACCCAGCACCUGUCAUGGCCUGGCUUGCAGCGGUAAACAAAGAUUUCGUGGAUAAUGUAAGAUGUCGGCAGCCAUUUUCACUGCUAAUACUCAUGUAUUGGGGUGUCCUACUUGUGAAACUGGAUGGAAAACGGUGGUGGGCUCGAAACGCAGGAAAAGCAUUGGUCUCUGAGCUACUGGAGGCUUUACAAGAUGGUGACCCUCGGUGGGAGAGUGCACUUUCAUGGGUUCAACAACAGAUUCCUUUAUGA